AUGGCUGCGUUGGGAGAAUGCAGUAAUCUGGGAUGGAAUUGUCGUAAGUUGUUUUUUGACCGAUUUGCUGAUUUGUUCGGUCCUGCAAUCUACUCUGAAGCCUUGAGUGGGACAAGUUUUCAUGAGCUCGACAAAGUUGAGAAUUUGUUCAUCACACCAUUUUCUGUUCAUCCAGCUGAUUCAUCGCCGGAGGGUACCCGUCUGUGGAGUAACUGA